AUGACGGCCAAGACGCAGGUACAAGUCUUCGAGUCUUCUUUCCUUAAUCUUCCUUCACUGGCACGUCUCUUGCCCGUAGUGCUGGGCCAAGGCGGCCUGGUCAUCAACCCAAAGAACGCCGAUGAUGGUAGCUCUGCUAUCAAGUCAGUCCCAAUGGACCUCUCCGGUCUCGUCAACAACCGCGCUUUUGCUAUGACCCCAGGAGAUGCAAACAUUGAUGGGACACACUCUGGCUACCCGGCAAAAUAUCUUCCUCCAGCGAACUUCACCUACUCUGGCGUCAACUACAACUUCCCACAGUACAAGGAGUCCGGCGAUGACAAUGUUCUCGCACAAGGGCAGACGCUCAAGCCGCCUCGAGGACGUUACUUUAGUGUGCACAUGCUUGCUGCCGCGGAGUCAGCUAUCGCUACUGGCUUCAUCAAUGCUACAUACUCCGACGGCAGCGUUACCUCCGGGCCUGUGCUGGUGGAUCCAUACUGGGACUGGCCUUAUCCGUAUGGCGGGGAUCUUGUCUUCCCGUACUACAUGACCAAUGAAAGCAUUGACUACAAUCGCUCCAUGGUCUUCCAAACGAUCAACUGGCUCGACUCGACGAAGGAGCUUACCAGCAUCCAGUUACCGAAUGUCACUGUGGGUGCCGCCAACGGGCCUGGAGGAGCGGCAGAAGAAACCAGACUGCACAUCUUUGCUGUCUCCAUGGUACCUGCUACUGCCUCUGGUAUUGCUUUGGAUGUACAGUAUGCGCGCACCACGAAGUCGUGGAUGGAGGGCACGAACAAGACCCAGAUCGUGCAAGUCAACGUUAACAAUGUCGGAGAUCAAUGGGUACUAGCCAACACCAGUGUCAAGGUCUCCGUCUCAGCGUCGGGACUCAGAACAGUUGUUCCAGGCAUCAUCAACCGCUUGCGGCCAGGAGAUCAGGCCAUGGUCCAAGUUGGCGUUGAGAACACGGAAGGUACUGCUGAGGGCACGACUGGACAAGCCACCGUCCAGAUUCUCGGCAACGGUGUCCAGACGAGUCAUACCUUCGACGCCACCUUCGGCAUCCCGCAGUACGAGCCGAACUUCGAGAGCAUAUACAGCCAUGAGCCGCCACCGUGGUACAACACUGGCAAGUUCGGCAUCUUCAUCCACUGGGGCGUCUAUUCUGUGCCGGGCUGGGGCAACGUCGGUGACAAUGAGACUUAUGCUGAGUGGUACUGGUGGGCCAUGAACUCGGGUCCAGACUAUACAGGCAAUAUCUACCAGUACAACCUCGACACCUACGGCCCUAAUCACGUCUACGACGACUUCAUCCAGAACUUCACGGCUUCUAUGUUCAAUCCUAGGGAAUGGGUAGAUCUCUUCGCGGACGCUGGAGCUCAAUACUUCGUGCAAGUCUCAAAACACCACGACGGCUACGCCAUCUUCGACCUUCCGUCCAACGUCACCGAACGGACCAGCGUCGCCCAGUACCCGCAUCGGAACCUUCUCCAAGAGAUCUUCGACGCCGCUGAGCAGUAUCAACCACACUUACACAAAGCUACAUAUUUCUCUCUUCCGGAGUGGUUCAGUCCGGCUUACGCUCGGUAUGGCUUCGGCGACUGGCCUGGCGGCAACGCUACCAACCCCUACACUAACGAGACACUUCCUUACACCGGAUUUGUGCCUGUAGAUGACUACGUUACCGACGUCAUCAUGCUUGAGAUGCAGACCCUCGCCGACAUGGGAACAGAGAUAAUGUGGUGUGACAUUGGUGGCCCCAACAUGACAGCCGAAUUUGCCGCCUCGUACUUCAACAACGCCGCGCAGCAAGGCAAACAGGUCUUGUUGAAUAAUCGCUGCGGUCUACCAGGCGACUUCGACACUCCCGAGUAUGCGCGCUACGACGCCGUCCAGCCACGCAAGUGGGAGAGCAAUCUCGGCCUCGACCCAUUCAGCUAUGGCUACAACCGCGCCACGCCUACUUCCGCCUACCUCACACCAAGAGGGAUCGUGACAAGUCUCAUGGACAUCAUCUCGAAAAACGGAAACUUCCUGCUCGACGUUGGACCCACGGCGAACGGCACCAUCAUCGACAUCGAGCAGAAGAACCUCCGCGCUGCUGGGAAGUGGAUUAACAGCCACGCCCAGGCGAUCUUCAACACGACGUAUUGGUUCGUUACGCCUGAGGAGGGCGAGGCGGUGCGGUUUAGUCAAAACCCGAAUGCUUUUUACAUUACUACACUGUACCCGCCGAACGGGACGUUGGUGUUGGAUAGUCCGGUGCCUUAUGUUGAGGGGGAUGAGGUGACGGUUGUGGGUGGUGAGAUGGCGGGGACAGUGGUGCCCACGAGGCUGUUGGGUAAUGGGAGUUUGGAGAUCACGGUCAGCGAGGAGGUAGUGGCGGCGGAUGAGUAUAGUUGGGUGUUCAAGAUCCCGUUCGGAGGGGUGACGAGUACGUCCUCAGGUGGACCUUCUCCGAGCUCGAGCGUGGCGCCGAGUACCAGUGCAGCGGCUGUAGUGGCAGCAUCUUCGUCGUGGGGUUGGAGAAUUGGGUCGUUGGCUGUAAUCAUUUGGUUGAUGGUGUAG